GCGCAAUCGGUGUACACUGGUCUGUUCUCCGACUUGUGCGUCAAUACUGCUCUUGUGACAAUGUAUGCAGCCUGUGAUUUUUUGGAUCAUGCACGACAAGUGUUUGAAGAAUCAAUCCAUUAUGAUGCUUCGUUGUGGAAUUCUAUCAUAUCGGCUUACUCUCGCCAUGGUCUUUGGGAUGAAAGCUUUCAUCUAUUUUCAGAAAUGCUGGUGCAAGGUUUGAGGCCCAAUGAGCGAACUUAUGGAAGUCUGAUUGGUGCUUUUGCUUCGGUAGGGGAUCUGAAAUUUGGGAAAGGAAUGCAUGGGUUUGCUAUCAAACAAGGGCUUAACUUGGAUUCAACAAUGGGGAAUACUCUCAUUACAUUGUAUUCAAAAUCUCGAAUUUUGGAAGAGGCAAUUAGAGUGUUUAAUAACAUGGCCCGAGAAAAUACGGUGACAUGGAAUGCAAUGAUUUCAGGGUAUGAACGAAAUGGAUUUGACACAGGUGCUUUAGAUGUGUUUCGUGAUAUGCAGGUAGAAGGGGUCGAACCCAAUAGGGUAACAAUGCUGAGUGUUCUCAGUGUGGUGGCUUCUCUUAGAGUCUUGAACCAGGGCAUGGAGCUCCAUGGCUGGCUUAUUAAGUCUGGGCUUGAAGAGGAUGUGUCGAUUUCAAAUUCCAUCAUUACAAUGUAUGCCAAAUGUAGUGAUCUUUCAAGAGCCAAGAAGGUAUUCAAAAGCAUGCCUAGCCAUGACAUUGUUUCAUGGAAUGCAAUGCUAUCUGGGCACUUGCAAAAUAAGCAAACUGAGGAUUCUUUCAAUCUCUUUUAUGAAUUGAUUUUUUCUGGUAUUUCGCCUGACAAAGCCAGUUUAAACAUUAUGCUCAGUGCAUCUUCUGCAUCAGCAUCCUUAGGAAGUGGUAGAGAGAUACAUGCAUAUCUCUUAAAGAAUUUUUGUGAAGUAGAUGUUUCGACCUACAAUGGCCUUAUGACCAUGUAUGCCAACUGUGGCAGACCACUCUUUGCCAAGAUAGUGUUUGAAAAGAUGGGCAGAAGAGACUUGUGCUCAUGGAAUGCGAUGCUGGAUGGGUAUUCAAGCAAUGAAUAUCCCCACGAUGCCAAUAGACUAUUUAUGGACAUGCACAGACACAGGAUCGAAUUGGAUGAUCUAACGCUUUCGAUACUCCUUACUACAUGUGGAAAAUCCACGGCUCUUGAAUUAGGCAAACAAUUUCAUGGAUUCAUCUUUAAGACAAAACUCCAAUCUUCUCGAUCAAUUCAGAAUGCUCUAAUAUCAAUGUAUGGAAAAUGUGGAAGCAUAAGUGAUGCAGAGACCAUAUUCCUUAAAAUGAUAGAGAGAGAUGUUUUCUCAUGGACUGCUAUGAUCACCGAGUAUGCCCAUUAUGGUAGGGGUCUUGAAGCCCUCAGAUUAUUUGAGGAAAUGAGAUUCAAUGGCAUUGAGCCAAAUUCCAUUACUUUUCUUGGUGUACUUACUGGUUGUGCCCAUGCUGGCCUGCUCCAGGAAGGCAGCCAUUGUUUCAAAUCUAUGAUCCUAGAUUACCACAUGACACCUCAAAAGGAACACUAUGCCUGUAUCGUUGAUCUUCUUGGGCGUGCAGGCCAGCUUUACAAAGCCAGGGAUUUCAUCAAGACUGCUCCUUUAGAGAGCCAAAGUUGCCUAUGGAAAGUUUUACUUGGAGCAUGCCAUGUUCAUAAAGAAUUGGAGCUUGGAGUUCAUGCUGCGAAGAUUGUCCUAGAGUUGGAACCCAGUGAUGAGACAGCAUAUGUGUUACUCUAUAACAUGUAUGCUUCGUGUGGGAAGUGGGAACAUGCAGUGCAAGUGAGGAGAGAGAUGAAAAGCAGGGGCUUAAAGAAGGAAUUUGGGUGCAGUUGGAUUGAAAUCAAUAACCACAAGCACGAAUUUGUUGCAGGGGAUGUUUUUCACCCUCUGAUAAAGAAGAUUCGUGCAAAGUUGCAGGACUUGGAUGUGAGAAUUAGUGAAUUGGGUUAUGUUCCUCUAACAGAACUCGUUUUGCAUGAUGUGGACGAGGUGCAAAAGGAAGCUAUUAUCCAAAAUCACAGUGAAAAGCUUGCAGUCUCUUUUGGGCUUUUGAGUAGCCCACUUGGUAAGCCAAUUAGGGUCAUCAAGAACCUACGAAUAUGUGGAGAUUGUCAUAACUGGAUGAAAUUGGUUUCCUUGAUUGAAACAAGGGAAAUUGUUUUGAGGGACUCGAGGCGUUUUCAUUGCUUUAGAGAAGGGACUUGCUCAUGUUCUGAUUAUUGGUAGGUGGGAUGAGUUACAUUCUAUUAAGAUUUAUCAUUGACCAGGAAGGAAAAUCCUUGACACUAAUCAUGGUUUUGAAUUAUUGUAGUCCACAUAAUUAUAGAAGAAGAGAUUGUGAAUACCUCAUUGUGUAGUUUAUGUUUAUCAGGUAAAAAAUGAUAAAUUGUUCAGUUCUGGA